UGAAAAUGGAAAGAACAGAAGAUGGGCUUUUAAAGCGCAAGCAGAGACGAUUAUCUGACAAUGGUUUUACAAGUAGUCAUGAAAUGUUAGAGGAUGUAGAAUCAUUAGAAGGUACAGAAGAGUACGAUGCAGAUAAUCUUUUCAGUCAGGAAACUCAGGCAUAUUCACAAGAUGUUGGAGGUUUAGAUGAAGUCCAAGCAUACAAUGAAACUGAUGGAGACAAGCCUGUACCAAAAAUGACUAAAUUAAAAUCUGUAAUGAUAGAUGCCAACUUUAUUGCUGACAUUCUGAGUGAUGUGGAUGUAUCUGAAAUAUAUGAUAAAUUAAAAGAUAUAAGAUCAAAUGAACAAAGAAUUGAAGUUGUGACUAAUCAACUUUUAGAAAGACAAUCAAAAACAAAAGCUCCGGCUAAACCAUCAAUGACAGGAGCAAACCUCAUGAAGGAUUUUGUGAAAAUAAUUGAUUCAGCAACAAUAAAUAUGCCUGCAUUACCUGUGUCAGCAGAGGAUAUUGAGGAACUGUUGGUUGCGUCUCAGAACAGAAAGGACCGUGUGGACCAUGUAUUCUCUCAGAUUCUUAAUUUGUAUUUUCUGAAACGUAAAGGUCAGGGUGAUGUUAUUAAAGACAUGAAAACAAUUAUUGUCCAGUGUCCUGGCAUUCCUUUUGAUGAAAUUUCAAAAAUGAUGUUAGAAAAGAAAACACAAACAAACAGAACACAGCAAGUUUUAGACUAUUUUGUACCAAAGAGAACUGAUUUACAGAAGUCUGAUUCAGUUGUUAGUGUUUCUGCAUUGGCGAAUGACUUGUUAUACAAAGAUACACGUAUCAUUGCUAAAGUAAUGCCAGACAUUGAUAGAAACGAGAUAUAUGCUUAUUUAGAAGCACAUCAUGAUGAAAAGAACCGAAUUCAAGUAGUCAUUGAAGAAUUGAUGAAAAUGAAACCAGGUGGAGAAAGUCUACCGUCCUUCGAUGUUACAACUGAUGGUACAAUGACUUCUCCAAAACCAAGUAAAGGAAUAUUCAAUAUCCAAGAUGAAGUAGAUGAGCUCAGACAAAUAUUCCCUGAUUGCGAUCCUAAUUAUUUGUAUGACGAGUUAGAAAAAAAAGCUGAAGACAAAGAAAGAAUGAAAACUGUUGCCAUGGCAAUGUUUGAAGAUAAAAAUUAUCCAAAACUAAAGGAAAGAGAAGAACAGGAAAAUAAAAUAUCAACUCGUAACAGAAUUAAAAAUUUGAAAUUUGACAUGGAGGAAUUCAUGCAGAAAUUUCCAGAGCCAGUUAAAUUCUUUGAAGAUGAUAAUAGGAAAAUGAAUGAGAAUUAUUCAAAACAUGUAGAUAUUCAAAUAAGAAAUGACUUUCCUCAACUGAAAGGGAAAUAUAUAAAUAAAAUACUGGAUAAACAUAAUCAUCAUUACACAACAACAAGGAAGGAUAUACAAGCUGAUGUAGCAGACGCACAGUUGAGAAACCAAAGAAAGAAAAUGAAAUCCAAACCUAGAACUAAGACAGUUAACCUUCCAGAAGACCCAGAUGAGUUCUUCUAUUAUGAAAUUUUGUACUGUGAACAUGAACCUCUAAUCAAAGAUCACUUGGAAGAAAAGGAAAGAUAUUUACAGCUACAGAGGAAACAAGCCAAAGAAAAUGGAGAACUAUUUGAAUGUGGAUGUUGUUUUGAUGAUGAAUGUAUGUUUGAAGAAAUGUCAGUCUGUGCUGAUGGUCAUUUAUUCUGUAAAGAAUGCAUUCAAAGGUCAUCUGAAGUGAUCAUAGGAGAUGGUAAAACAAAGUUUCCAUGUCUUCUGGACUCUUGUAAGGAGGAAUUUCCUGUGUCAGUCCUGCAGCAAAUAUUACCUACAAAUAUGUUUUCUCUAUUAUUAAGGCGACUACAAGAGGAAGAGAUAAAACAAGCUGGCAUUCCUGACCUUGUUAGUUGUCCAUUUUGUAGUUUUGCUACCAUUAUGUCUGAUGAAGAUAAGGUUUUCAAGUGUAUGAAUCCAGAAUGUUUAAAAGAAUCCUGCAGAUUAUGUAAGGAACCUAAUCAUGUUCCCUACCAUUGUGAUGAAGUUGAGAAGCAAGGUGAAACAAGUAUGAGGACUUUUAUCGAGAACAAGCUCACGGAAGCCAUGUUACGAACAUGUCAUAAAUGUGGCAAAAGAUUCAUGAAAGAAGUUGGGUGUAACAUGAUGACAUGUGUUUGUGGUGCACAUAUGUGUUAUGUGUGUAGGGAGCCAGGCAUUGGAUAUGAUCAUUUUAGCGGUAAUAAUUGUAAUGAAGACAGUAUGAAGAAAUUACAUUUAAAGGAAAUGAAAGAGGCAGCCUUAGCUGCUAAAGAGAAAUAUCUACAAGAUCAUCCUGAAUGUGCAGAAAUUGACCUUAAGUUUGAUCCUAUUAAACUUGUGGAAGAAUUUGCUGCUGCUCAAGAGGAAGAUGAGGAUGAAGAAUAUAACGAAGAUGAUGAUGAGGAUGAUGAAGAUGAUUAUGAAAGAUAGAUAUCAGAAAUAAUAUAAUUGAGUUUUUAUUUCAAUAAUAUAUGUUUUAUACUUUGAGUCCCCUCACUCAGCUUUUCUCAUCACUAGGCUUCUGUCCUCUGUUGUCUGUCGUUAACGUUUACAAAAAUCUUCUCCUCUGAAACUACUGGGACAUAUUUAACCUAACUUGACCACAGUCAUCAUUGAGGUAUCUUGUUUAAAAAAUGUGUUUGAUGACCUAGCCAAACAACCAAGAUGGCUGUCAUGGCUAAAAAUAUAGGGAUAAAAUGCAGAUGUUGGCUUAUAUCUCUGAAACCUAAGCAUUUACAGCAAAUCUGACAUGGGGUAAUUGGUUUAUCAGGUCAAGAUCUAUCUGCCCUCAAAUUUUCAGACAAAUGGGACAAUAUAUUUUUGGGUUGCUGCCCCUGAAUUGGUUAUUUUAAGGAAAUUUUGCUGUAUUUGGUUAUUAUGUGGAAUAUUAUUAUAGAAAGAGAUAAACUGUAAACAGCAAUAAUGUUCAACAAAGUACGAUCUACUUAUAAGUCAACAUGACCAAAUUGGUCUAUUGACCCCAUAAGCAGUUAUUGCCCUUUAAAGUCAUUUUUUUUUUACAAUUGUUUCGUAAAUUUUUGUUAUCUUUUACAAAAGUCUUCUCCUCCUAAACAACUGAGACAAAUUCAACCAAACUUGGCCACAAUCAUCAUAAGGGUAUUUAGUUUAAAAAUGUGUCCAAUGACCUUGCCUGCCAACCAACAUAGCAGACAUGGCUUAAAGUAGAACAUAGGGGUGAAAUGCAGUUUUUGACUUAUAUCUCUUAAACUAAAGCAAAAGUAUAAUGUUUGCAUUAUUUCAUGCAUCAAUUGUAAAUAAAAGUAUCAGGUGAGCGACACUGGCUCCUCUUCCAAAUCUACCAAUAUUGCCCCCUCCCCCUUCCUUUUUCCAAUGAGGAACAUCAGAACUAAAAAUGCUUAUUACUGAAAUAUAAUCCUAUGUCAACUUUUUGCUUAUAAGGAUCUGUCUAUAAAGAUACAUUCUACUUUCUGUUUUAAAGACUUUUGAGAUCCUCUGGGUUUUCCCUUCAUUAUACUCACCUUUAAAAAUUAGAUGACAAUUUCAUUGACUGAUAUAACAGAACAGAAAGUAGAAUGUUGUCACUUUCUUGUCAGCAAAAUUUGAACACAUGGUUUAUAAUUUUAUCAAUAAAAUUGAGAAUGGAAAUGGGGAAUGUGUCAAAUAAGCAACAAAUUGACCAAAGAGCAGAUAACAGCCAAAAGCCACUAAUGGGUCUUCAAUACAGCAAGAAAAUUCCACACCCAGGGGUGUGCUUCAGCUGGCCCCUAAAAAAAAAAUGUGUACUAGUUCAGUGAUAAUAGACGUCAUACUUAACUCCAAAAUAUAUAAUUUAACUAAAAUUAAAAAUCAAACAAGAUUAUCAAACUUGUUUUCAACAUAAUGCCUUAUAAAAAGAUGGUGUUAGUUAGAUAUCCUUCUGAAAAACAAGCAAAGUUCAAAGGUCAAAACUUUUU